CCAGCAGCUUGAUUUCUCCACAUCGUCAAUGGUUCGAUGGCAAACAGGAUGGAUGAUGGUCGUCGAGGUUAUUUGAUUUAUCUUUGGGUUUCAAACUACUUGGAUUGGGGUUCUUUUCGAUCUAUGUUGUAAUGUGGUUGAUUGUGGUGUCUGGUAAAGCUGGCCACAUUGACUGGGCUGACUGUCCUACCUCACUGUUGAGGAUAUCGUACCACAGGACUUUUUAAUUAGAGAACUGACGGCCAACAAAAUGUCCACGACCUCUGCAUUCCAGAUCUUCUCCUCGCUCCGUUACGAUCCUGCUCUUCCUGCAGAGACAGAGCAGCCAGCGACCGCCUACCCCGACCCGCGCGAGUCCCCCUACUACCUGCUGCAAUACCACCGGGAUCGUCUGCUUAACGCGGCCAGAGAAUUCAGAUGGGACCAAGCGAUUGAAUUUUUACAGCAAGAUGCCGGCCCGCUUGCGAGAUUGCUGGAUACCCACAUUCCAGACACUUCGAAAGCAUGGCGGCUCCGGAUUGUGGUCGACUGCAACGGGGUCUGCGUCGUUGAGGUGCAUCCGACCGCGCCGAUGCCUCCUUCGAACCUGCUCGUUCCGAUACCAUCUCUCCCCCAUCGAUUAAGCUCACCAGACGAUAUAUGGCGUGUCUACGUGGACUCUGCGUCGACAGUCCCGUCUGAGUUCACCACGCACAAAACCACUGCACGGGAUGGAUACACUGCCGCCCGGCAGCGAACGGGAAUUGAUUCUCCCGCAGAGCUCGCAGAGGUGCUGAUGGUGAAUCCAGAGGGUGAAAUAAUGGAGGGAAGCAUUACUACACCAUACUUCCUAGCACGGAAUUCUGGGUCUGGGCAGGAGAGCGAGGUUGGCUUGACUCCACGAUGGAUCACUCCGCCGCUGGCCAGUGGUGGCAACGCGGGCACAACGAGGAGAUAUGCUCUGAAAAAUGGCUUCUGCACGGAGCACAGAAUCCUAGCAUCCGAACUGGUUGAUGGAGAGCCGUGCUGGCUCAGCAACGGAGUCAGAGGUUUCUUGCAGGGAGUCAUAGUCCUGAAGGAUCAUCAUAAAUGAAUGUCGUCUAGUAUGACUAUGUGGAGAAUUGAAAGAUCCUCUUCUGAUGCAGCUAGCUGGAAGCUAGUCAGUAUCAAUUCAUUGGCAGGUUGAUACCAGCAGUCUGUCUUUUACCCUCACCCACUCAAGCUGGCCAUGCAAGGUGGAAAUCUCUGGCCGCCUUGUUUUGCUGGAUCUGAUGAUCUCUCGGAAUUUAGACAUGGCAAUUCGACCUGUCUUGGAUGCAGGACUUGUCAACAGAGUUUGCCCAUCCUGGGUGUCUCUGAUGUGUCCUCCAUCUUCAAGCUGAUUGUACAUAUCCAUCUCACUACCUGAGCACACUUCAAGGUGCAACUCUCACUGGAGCGGAGGUACCUCCAGGGACUUGGUUCCCCUGUAUUGAUUCUUCUACUCCGGACUACAUAGGUGUAGACUCACUGUAGAAUAGCCAUCCAGAAAACAGGAGAAAGGCAUCACCUAUCAUAUACAUUCAGGAAGAAAUAGUUGUAUGUGAAAG